AUGACGGACUUGAAGAAAAUGUGCCGUGUCUGCAUGGCAGAGGCAUCGGUCCUUGUAAAACUGGACAAAACCACAAAAAUCACCGAUAAGCUGUCAGAGGACCUCAAGAACUGCAAUGAGGCGGAAGUGUCGCCAGGAUUUCUGCUGCAGGAAUGCAGUGGUGGUCCCGUGGAAACAGGAGAAUUCUUCCCUCAGGUGAUGUGUGAGCUGUGCAUUAAAAAACUCAGGCAGGCCUAUCUGUUUAAGAGGCGCUAUAAGAGGAGCAUGGAGACCCUAAGAAUGAUGAAGACGGAGGCGGAUGACCACGAAAUAUGCGACUUAUUGGAAAGUGAAGAUUGGGAGCUGAUCGAUCGCAUCCAGAGGGAAAACGUGGAGUCCGAGGAGAGCAAGGAAGUAAACGAAUGCAAGGAGAUAGAAGUCAAGUUGGAGGAGGAUCUGGGGGAGGAGUUCAUUGAGGAGCCAAAGAAGAUGUUUAAAUGCCCCGACUGCCCGUGUAGCUUCACCGGAAAAGCCCACCUAACAUCCCACAGACGCACUCACAAUAAGGCACCAAGAAAAAAUCCGACACGUGUUAGACGACGUCCAGUUAAGGACUAA